CUCUAUUUCUUCCACCCGUUCUUCCCGCCGAUAUCCUCACUAAGCACGCAUGUAGGAGGGAUAAUCUACCCCAUCAUAUUCUCGAGUCUUCGGCCCAAGCUCGGCUUCCCGUGGGCAACUCGAGUUCUCGGCUUCGUGACGCUGGGUGAAUUAAUUAUAGCGAUGGCAUGGCUGCCACCAUCAUCUGGGUGGUGCUUAUUGCUUCGUUCAUGGGGCCACUGGCAGUUCUAUAUCUGACUAUUGUGCCUUGUCUUUCUCUAGAAAAUGACCUCGUUGGUACAUACAAGGAUUGGUAUAUCAUCAGCUGCGGCGGCGCUGGGAACUUUGGUCGGCUUUCCAGUUACAUCUGCCUUGAAUGACAUUGUGUAGAAGAGCCAGUGUUUGAAUGGUUGUUGCAUGUUGGAUGGGGCUGUUCUGAUGAUAGAUAUACGUCUAUUAUAAGAUGCCCAGUUACUUGUAUUCGGGAAUCCAAUACGGGGCGAGAAAAUAUAGAUUUGUUGGAUAUGGAUGCAAUCUGACUGGACAUUUCUCGUGCCAGAUCUUCGUGUGUCUUGCCGACUUGUCAAUAUCACACCGUUAGUCAAUGUUCCAACCUUUGAAAGUUAUGCUAGGUUUAUCAGUGCCACUUCCAAUUUAUCGAGAUAAUGAGACCCUCUGAUGACGUUUUUCAGAUCCGUUCAUUUACUAUUCUUGGUAAAUACAGCAGUCUUUUGUUGGAUAGCUUAAUACCUCUAGAAGGUUCGUCCUAUGCAUCAUAAAC